CCUGAGCGGGUAUACUUGCAGAGCAUCAGAGCUUCAUCGCUUCCCGCUGGGACAGAUUGGGAUAUUUUAUCUUAAGGACGUUUUUAGGAAGUUUCCGGAUAUUCUAAAACCCGACUGGUGGCAUCAUGAAGUCCCCGAAACUGAAGACUCCAGCGAAGUUCGUCAAGGAGGAGGACCUGAGCGACGUCCUGUGCGAGUUCGACGCGGUUAUCGAAGACUUCACGUCGCCCGUGGAGAAGCGACACUUCAGGUACGACGAGCACCUGAAGACCGUGAAGAGGAGGAGCAGCGCGAGCGUCAGCGACAGCGGCAUCAGCGACACCGACAGUGCCGAUUCGCUCAACAGAAAUAGCUUCAGCUUCAGUGACGAGAGGCUGAACUCCCCCACCACAACCUCCCCGCCUCUGAUGUCACCCAAACCCAAACUGGGCGACACCAAAGAACUGGAGGACUUCAUCGCCGACCUGGACCGGACAUUAGAGAGCAUGUGACCCAGGAGCUCUCUGUCACCUUGGAGAGUAGCCAUGACGGAGGGAGGGAGUGGAUUUCUGGACCCCUGCUGAGCAGUUAAAACGCGCCUGGUCAGCUGCCCAGCAGGAUGCAGCUGCAGAGAAUAGCAGCAGAACCCUGAAGGCUGCUGCAGCCGGUCCACACACACUUUCUGGACUCUAAGUGCUUGCAGGGACGUUCUCAAUCUGCUUUCUGUAGAACUGGAACUAAAACGAGUUUGGAUCGCUAACAUCAACCUGACGGACACCCCGGGCUCCACUCUCUCAUCCAAAACUUGAGCUGGAAGAGUUAUUUAAGCAAAAAAAGGCUUUUUGUAACAGAAACAUAUUUGUAAUUUUAUAAAGCUUCCUGCUGUCGAUUUAUGAUCCUUUUUGUGAAAUCUAUUUUUGUAUCGUAUGUAUAUAAUGUUUCAGAUUCUAUUUGUGCUAACCCGGACGGAUCAAGAUGAGACUCACACCGACUGGAGGGAAAACUGGAAAGCAGUGUCUGUAUCUAAUACAGCUAACACCUGCCAGAGAAAAAAAUAUUCAACUAUAAAAUAUUCUUAACAUAGCAACACGAGGCUCUUGUAUUUAUUUUGCAUUCAUGCCAUCGGCCUGCUCUGUCAAAAAGUCUGAUGAAAUAAGUUUCUUUUUUCAGGAAGGAAAUAAACAAUGAG